CCGGAACGUGCCGCGGUUGCGAGCCCUUGGGCGCUGGCAGUGUUACAUAGCCCGGGCAGCCAAUGGGCGUCGAGAGCGCCCGAAGGGGGCGUGGUUUCCCAUCGAUGGCCAGCAGCCGCGCAACACAACGAGGCAGAAGCGGAGGUUGUUGAAGCGAGCUGAAGGAAGGAGAAUCCCUCUGAAGCCAUGGCCGCGCUCCCUGGGCCUUUGGGCCGCUGUUCCGUGCAUUGGUUCCGCCGCGGGCUUCGUCUCCACGACAACCCGGCCCUGCAGGCGGCUAUCCGCGACGGGGGCCCCGUGCGCUGCAUCUACAUCCUGGACCCUUGGUUCGCCGCCUCCUCCUCAGUGGGCAUCAACCGCUGGCGGUUUUUGCUCCAAUCCUUGGAAGAUUUGGACAACAGUUUGAGAAAACUCGGUUCCCGUUUAUUUGUGGUGCGAGGCCAGCCAACUGAUGUUUUUCCAAGGCUCUUUAAAGAAUGGAGAGUGACCCGCCUCACUUUUGAGUACGACUCAGAGCCCUUUGGAAAAGAGAGAGAUGCAGCUAUAGUGAAAUUAGCUAAAGAAGCUGGAGUAGAAGUGAUAACGGAGAAUUCCCAUACUCUUUAUGACCUUGAUAGGAUAAUUGAGCUGAAUGGACACAAACCUCCUCUCACCUACAAGCGAUUCCAGACCAUCAUUAGUCGCAUGGACUUGCCCAAGAAGCCAGUUGCCUCCAUAACGCAUCAGCAAAUGGAGAUGUGCAAGACGGAGAUCCAAGACAAUCAUGAUGAAACAUAUGGUGUUCCUUCUCUGGAAGAGCUGGGUUUCCCCACUGAGAGUCUUGCCCCUGCUGUUUGGCUAGGAGGAGAGACGGAAGCACUCACUCGCCUGGAUAAGCAUCUGGAAAGAAAGGCUUGGGUUGCAAACUAUGAACGACCACGAAUGAAUGCCAAUUCCUUGCUGGCCAGUCCAACAGGGCUCAGUCCCUAUCUUCGGUUUGGUUGCUUAUCCUGUCGUCUAUUCUACUAUCGGCUCUGGGAAUUAUACAAAAAAGUGAAGCGGAAUAGCACUCCACCACUCUCCCUCUACGGCCAGUUACUCUGGAGAGAAUUUUUUUAUACGGCUGCCACAAACAACCCCAAAUUUGACCGCAUGGAAGGAAACCCAAUUUGCAUUCAGAUCCCAUGGGACAGAAAUCCUGAAGCCUUGGCAAAGUGGGCAGAGGGCAAGACAGGAUUCCCCUGGAUCGAUGCAAUAAUGACACAGUUGAGGCAGGAAGGCUGGAUUCAUCAUCUGGCCCGACAUGCUGUCGCAUGCUUUCUGACUAGAGGAGACCUGUGGAUCAGCUGGGAGUCUGGAGUGAGGGUUUUUGAUGAGCUAUUACUGGAUGCAGAUUUCAGUGUGAAUUCGGGCAGCUGGAUGUGGCUUUCGUGCAGUGCUUUCUUCCAACAAUUCUUCCACUGCUAUUGCCCUGUUGGCUUUGGGAGGAGGACAGAUCCCAGUGGCGACUAUGUCCGACGAUAUCUACCCAAGCUGAAAGGCUUUCCCUCACGCUAUAUCUAUGAGCCCUGGAAUGCUCCUGAAUCAGUGCAGAAGGCAGCAAAAUGUAUCAUCGGGGUAGACUAUCCCAAACCUAUGGUGAACCAUGCAGAAACCAGCCGAUUGAAUAUUGAGCGCAUGAAGCAGAUUUACCAGCAGCUAUCACGCUACAGAGGCCUUUGUUUAUUGGCAUCUGUCCCUUCCUGCAUGGAAGACCUCAGCAACCCAGUUGCAGAUACUUCUUCGAGCCACGGAAACUGCAUCGGUACAGCAUCCAGGCAGACUCAUUGUGGCCAGACAUCUCCAAAACGGAAGCAUGAUGUCGUACAGGAAUACAAAGAAGAAUUGUACAAACGAGCAAAGGUGGUGGCUUCACAAUUUGCAGAGAAUCCACGGCAGGAGCUUGUGCAUCAUGAAAUGGGAAAUUAACAAGGCAAAAACCAUGUUUUGGAGUGGCUGCUGCGUUGGCUGAGAAGAAUUUCUUCCAGAAGUAUUAGAACACUGACUAACAACAUUAUCCGUUAUAUGUGUGGAUGUGUAACAGUUAGCUGCAAUACGUCAACUUUUGAACUCCUGCUCAGGACGCUUCAUCAAUAGGGAAAAGAAAUGUUGGAGAUAAAAUCCCUGGUUCUCCCAAGAGACGCUUGGAAUCAGCUCACAAAAGGCUUGGGAUAAUACUUUGAAUUCCAGUUACCUCAGAUGCACUUUUUUUGUCGCACCAUUUAGAGUACCUCUUUCUUAGUGUUCUCUCGUCUUUGUUGAGGUAUCAGAGAUGUGAUGAACCAUGCAAAAUUCUUUGUGGUGCUUGCUCACCAUAGUUCCACGGGCCACACCUAUUAAACACUCCAGAACACAGUCUCCUAGCAUUUGAGUAAAAUGCAAGAGCAUAAUGCAUCAGAGGGAUAUAUCAAUAAAUAUGUGUGGUUAGUCUAAGGAUAGCAUGUGUCGAUGUAUAUAAAGGGACAGUACAGUAACAGCAAUGGCCAAUUUGAUGCAGGGCAAUGACACCUGUCCUAUGUCCAUUGUGGAUGGUAGGAAUGGCUGGAACAGCUUGUUAGAUCUAAAAGACCAGUACAGCUCUUCCACUGCAUAGUUUCUGUUGCAAAGAUCAAGUAUGUUCCUGAGAAAAAUACUUUCUGGACAUUAUUUUCCCAUAGGAAGGGCUAUGUGUUGCAAUUCUGCAGGAGAACAAAAUCUAAUAUUUUUUUAAAAUUGCUUACUUAAAAAAUCAACUUUUUUUCUCUCCAAAAGCAGGUGACUAGCCUUUAUAAAGGAAAAUACUUGCUUAAUAGGAAAUCUAAAUGAGUGCUGAAUUUUGUUUAAUCUGAAGACAGUGUCAAUGCCCUAAAUAGCUUUUUGUCUACCCUGAUUUGUGAAAACUGAAUAAGUUAUGCAACGUGAGUGAUCACAUGUAUGUGCUUCAUUUGUAUAGUUUAUACAGUUCACAAAGCUGUAAGUUGUUGAAAAAAAUGGACUUUUUAAAGGCACAAACCACAACACACUCCUUCCUAUGUCUUGUAAGUUUUAGAAGCAGUGCUUUGUUUUGGAAAACUUUCAAGUUCAUUAUAGUCUUGACCUUCCUCUUUUUAUUGUAAGACAUUUUGUCACAUGCAUUGAACACAGGUCCUUUGAAGUGAUCUUUGUAAAGUAAUUCAUUGCUGGGACUCAAGGUGCAUCUACAAUGUAGAAUUGAUACAGUUUGACACCACUUUAACUGUUAUGGCUCAAUGUUAUGGGAAUCCUGGGAGUUGUAGUUAAAGGCACCUAUACUCUAACAGAGAAAGCUAAAGACUGUAAAACUACAAUUCCAAAGAGUCUACAGCAUUGAGCCAUAGCUCAAAGUGGUGUCAAACUGCAUUCUGCACCCUAAGUGAGACUGAAAGAACUCUCCUUUGUGGAUAUUCCACUUUUUACUUUUCUGGUAUGCUUGGUCCCUCAUUGCUGUGGAUUUGUACUGUUCUUUGUUUUUUUGUUUUGUUUUUUUUAAUUACUCACUGGGUCCUGUGCGAUACAUUGCAUGCCUUGCCAUCACCUUAUUUGAAUUCAAACCAGAUAGUAUCAUAGCUCCUUGAGGUUAUUGAUCACAUUCCCUUCAUUUGUUGUCACAGUAUCCUUUGCAGGUUUACCAGACCCCCUCCCAGCUUCAGAGCAAUGGGGAAUAACAUGCUUGUGGCCUUGAGAUUUGUUUCAUGUAGCUGGCACCAUGCAGCGAAAUGAGCUGUCCUGUAUAAGGGACUUCGAUUCUUUUAGCAAUUAGAUUCCAUUAUAGAUGGAGUUAAUAUCAGCAACCAACACAGUUAUGAAACAUCUUAAUAACCUGUUUCUUUAUGGUGCCGGGUCUGUUAAAAUUGAAGACCAGACUUUGGACCAGCUAACCAUUUGGAGAUACCUGAAGACAUAAAGAGCUCUGGAAGCAGCAGCCUUCUAUUGGAAGAGGCAUGUGGAAAACAAAUUCACCCAAGAGACUUUUCCACUGAAAUUCUUGGACACAUUUCUCAACUGGGACUUGCUCUCUGGGCCUCAUUUUGAUGUCCUUGAUCCCAGGAUAUUAUUUCAGGCUUCUCCCUAGCAGCAAGCCAAGUAUAACCCAUGCUAUUUGGUGUCCUGUCUCCUUGUAAAAUAUUCAAGAUGACUCUGUUCCCUACCACAGCGUAGGAGAGAAACGCACUUUCUACACUACAGAUUCAGACUGACUUCUCUACCAUGAAAUGUUUUCCUGCUUUUACAGUUGUGUUGUAACUAUUAACUUGUUUUUAUAAAUGUCUUUAUCUCUCUAA